CAAGUAACGUCACAGUGUUUACCCGGAAAUGAGUGCCAGCAACAACAACUGCCGACAAAAUCUACAAUUUACCGAGAUCUGACCGUAUUUUAUUUAGUAAAUGGUAAAUUACUGUAUAAUCUGACUGCAAACUUCUGACUCGGAAUGUACAGCGGACUUUUGCCCAAAGGUUUAACCGAAGACGACCUUAGUCCAGGUGACGAGGAGGAUGAGCCAGAGGAUGAUGUUGAGGAGAAGAGGACGGAGGAUGAGAAGUUCGAGAGCACUGCUGGGGUAAAGCUCAGCUCAGUGGUGGAGGCACAUUCGACUCAUACUGCCGGUGAUGCAGACAAUGACUCCCCGACAUGCAGUAUGCCUGGUAUAUCCCAGGAAAUGUGGCAAAAAUUCCAGGAUUUACGAAAGAAGAAUGAGGAAAUGAAGACAAUGAAGAUCCCCAGAAGAAGAAAAAGAAGACGACACAAGACAGCAGGAACAGAAAGUGAGGAACCUACAGAGACAAGCAGAAAGUGUCAGGAGGAACGGGAGAACCACUGGGAUGAGCUUAAGCAGUAUUUUGGUGUAAAUGAUCGAUUUGAUCCCCCUGCAUGUUCCAAACCCCCUCCGAAGUCCGGCCUAGAAAAGAGCAUAGAGAGGGCCGUAGCUGAAGGGGACAUUGCAAAGGCAGAGGAGAUGAGCGACAGACUCGCCACUCGAGAGGUGGCUGUGAAAAUCGCUCAAGCCGCUGAUUGCCGUGACUUUGUGCAACGCAAACAGGAAGAGGAAGCUUUGAGGGCAGAACAGAAAAGGAAGAAGCAAAUAGUCUGGGGGUUUGAAGCGAAAAAACGAUGGGAAACCAAAAGCAACAUGGGCUUCAUGUGACAAAGAUGGAAGAAAAAGGAGAAAGACUGCAAGCUUUUUUUUUUUUUUUUAAUAAGUUAAUUUGAUAAAAGUGAUGUUUCUUGUUUGCUUUUUUUUUUUUAUAGCAGACUGAUCCUGUUUCUUUUUAUUCUCUUUGUAUAUUUUGAAGACUUCACACCAGCAGAGUGUGAGGGGGGAAAAGUCACACAGUUGGCUGAGGAAAAACCAAUCCAGAGAGUACAAGAGAGAGAGAAAAAAAUUAUGGAGCAUUCAAAUUAAUUCCUAAGGCGCCCAUUGGUGUCUGCAUUGUGUUAUUUUUCAUUACAUUUCAGUGAUUUGAGCGUUCUGGCCUUUUUUCCCCCCUUCAAAUUAAAUCUGGUGUACAUUA